CGGAUAGGCGUGCGUCGGCUUUGCGAAUGAGCCAAGAACCACAGCGCAGUCGGUACAGCACAACAAACGUAACGCUCCGCUAGUUCCCUCUGGUCAGUGAGUUGCGUCGUUAAGCCGCGAUAAAGAAGAGGAAGUUAAAAAUCAAAACAAAAGAACGUGCGCAGUUAGUAGCAGUGGAACGUCCAAGUCAAGUUUAAGUGCCCCGACACAAAAACGCUUUUGUAACUGAUUUUGAUUAUAGUAAAAGUCUUUAAAAUCCGAUCUAUCGAUUGCCUGUCAUUUCUUUGGCGGUCAUUUGCAACUGGAUUUAGUCGACAUACAGUGCAACAUUUACUCGUAUCAGUUCUACGUCGUCACUCGCCGAUAUCCUGCACGAAUUGAUUUUGUUACUGUCGAACUUUUGUCCGUAUUAUUUCCGAAGAAAGACUAAACACUAUGUGGAGACCCUUUGAGCCUGGAAGCUCACCGGUAGACUGGUGUGAAGGGAACUACAGCAUAUCUCCGAGUAUCGCUGAAUUUAUGAAUACAUUUAGCAAUGUGGUGUUUCUACUGCUGCCUCCGGUUCUGAUGCAUCUCUUUAGAGAUUACGGGAGAUUCGUCAAUCCUGGAAUUCAUAUCAUCUGGUUUCUCUUGAUGAUCGUCGGCGCCAGUAGUGCAUAUUUUCACGCAACAUUAUCUCUCAUAGGGCAACUGUUGGACGAACUUGCAAUAUUAUGGGUAUACAUGGCUGGAUUCUGCAUGUUUUUUCCAAGGAGAUAUUUUCCUAACGUAUUCAAAAAUAAUAGAAAGAAAUUCUCAAUAUUUGCAAUAUUGUCGACGGUAAUCGCCACAGGUUUGGCCGUUGUACAUCCGUUUGUAAAUGCAUUCGCACUAAUGACUCUCUGCAUUCCUGCAUUUGGGUUUAUGGUCAUUGAAUUGAAGAGGACGAAAUCUGUUAGAGUUUAUCGUCUCGGUGUUCGAUGUGGUGCUAUUUGGAUUUUGGCAGUAACCUGUUGGCUCAACGAUCGAUUGUUCUGUGAUACUUGGCUGAACUUGAAUUUUCCUUAUCUUCAUGCGCUCUGGCAUUUGUUUAUUUUUAUUGCAAGUUACACAGCCGCUGUAUUGUUUGCUUACUUUUCUGUGACGGAAGAGAAACCUCAUCAAUCUCCGAUAUUAAAAUAUUGGCCCAGGAAUGAUUUUGAAUUGGGAAUACCUUAUGUCACUAUAAGAAGUUACAUCAAGGUAGACAGUAAUACCAAUAUAUAAUGCAAUCAAUCGACGAUAUAUUAUUUAAAACUUGCUUUCUAUUACUCUAGUAGACCGAUACUAUCAGUAUUCAAUUUUCUUGUUAAAAUUUAUUUUAUAAGAAAUUCAGUAACAGCUAGAGUUGUUUAAUCGUCGUCAUUUGAAAUAUGUUAAUUCAGUCCAUAAGUUUCACUUGGUUAAAGUAUGCAAAGAUGCUACAUGUUUGACACGGUUAUGUUAUUAAAAUAUCCUCACGAGUUUCAUCAUUGUAGUUUGUCGAAUAUCAAAUAUCUUUUCAAUUAUUCAUCAAUUGAGUGAAUCCUGAUGUUUAUUCACGAAUAGCAGUUAUUCGGUAAAGUUAAAUGUAAAUUCGUUUACGUGAUAUGAUGACAAAAUUUAGUAGCAUAUAGUAGUUACCAUAAAAUAUGUGCUGGCUUGAAAAUUAACCAAUAUUUUGAAACGUGAAUUUUUAUACCGAUCGUUUUUAAUAUGAAACAAAUUUCGAUUCAUCAACAGAUAGAGACUGAGAUUACUUAAAAUAAUAAUAAUAAUAAUAAUAAUAAUAAUAAUAACAACAACAAUUUUAAUAAUACUACUUUCUAAUAAUAAUAAUAAUAAUAAUAAUAAUAAUAAUAAUAAUGAUGAUGAUGAUAAGAUAAACUUAAUAUGAAUUUAUAAACUCAUAUUUUUCUAGAUGAGUGUAAUGCAAGGUGCAGUUACUUUAUCAAUUUGAAAUGAGCUUUUAGAAAUGUAAUAAUCAGCGAAAUUGCUGUCGGAAAUUUUUUAUACCUGCGACUGAUUGUUGAGGAUUACAAAGAUUUUAUGUGCGCAAUUGUAUUUUACACGCAUUUAUAGGUAAAUAGACUCGAAAACAGCAUUUUAUGAGCAUUCGAGCAUGUGAUAGAAGUAUAUACCAAAAAUAUACAACAUAUGUAAAGCUAUAUGAUAAUACAGUAUAAUUGUUACAUGUAGCAUACUUAUAUGACGUAUAACACUAAUCGUAAGUGCGAACAAUUGGAAUACGAAAUAGAUGUAAUGCUAAAUUCGGAAUGUAAUAGUACGUAUACUAUUUUUCCUAUUAAGUUGCGCAGAGUCCGACCAGUACAAUUAUUUUGAAUAAUUGAAACGUAUAGAACGGCGGCGUCGGGGUGCUGGGCGGGCCAAAACAAAAAAACAAAUUAUAGAACUAUUAUAAAUUUAUUAAAUUAAGAAAAAUCUGAUUUAUUUAUUAUUUUAAAUUAUUAUUAAUAUUUAUCGUAACGUGACAAUUUACAAAACGAAACGGUAUAUUUUAACGAACUUCAAAGUAUCGCUCGCACGCGUUAACGCUAAGAGAGUGCCGCAGAGAUGGCGCGCGCGUAUAUACCUUGGAAUCGCUCGUAUACUCUUAUACAUUCCCGCACGCUCAGCUACAUCCCCGUUCGCUCAGUUGCAUUCCCGCACGUUUUUGUCAACGUGUGGGAAAGUGGUACUUUGCGAACGCAAAUGCAUGCGCAAAAUCGAACUUUGCGCAAGAUAAUAGGAAAAAUUUCUUAAUAUCAUUGAUUAAGUAAUAACGUACUUAAAUUGUUGAUCUGUGAUUACUGUAAUGUUCUCGAAAAUAUAUUAUUUCAUAUGCACAUAGGCAUAUGCGCCCCUUUAUAAAACGAA